GAGAGAGAGAGAGAGAGAGACUAGCAGGCAGGCAGGCAGGCAGGCAGGCAGUCAGGCGCUCCAAGACAGUAGUAGUAACAGUAGCAGCAGCGUAAAGAGACAGCAGCUGAGAACGGGUGCCUUCUGACCCCCAGUUAACGGAAGACUUGUCACAUCUGGAGCUGGUGUCCUCACGGGACGGGAGACGGGCACAGUCCCGAGGUUGAUGUGAUGAUUGAUAUUCAACUGUGAGCCAAAGUGAAAGGUGAAAUGGCAGGAGUUGCUAGCACCCCGGGAUGGAGCAAGGUGGAUUUUGGCCGUGGAUUGGAUGAUUUUCCAGAGAAACCUUCUGAUGUAUUUAUCCCCGGUGACAGAGGUGAUGUGAAGAUCCUUAAAGUCUGCUUCAUUAGCAACAGUUUCAACUUGGGCAAGAACUUCAAACUGGUCAAAUGUGACAGCUCCUGGGAAAUUAGGGAAAUUAUUGAGUCAAUCCUCACAAGUGGAAGAAUAGGCCCGGGCAUUACAAACAAUAACUGCUAUGGAUUGAGACUGCAGCAUCUGAAAUCAGAUGAAAUCCACUGGCUUCACCCAGAACUGACAGUGGGAGAUGUAGAACAGAAAUACGAGCGACUCCACGUGGAAGCAGAAUGGAGGUAUGACUUACGAGUCCGGUAUAUUCCAGAGAAUUUUUUAGAAAAAUUUAAAGAUGACAAGACAACGUUGCUGUACUACUACUUACAGGUCCGUGCAGAUUACAUGCAGUACUGUGCCAACAGGGUGAGUGACGGGAUGGCUCUGCAGCUUGGAUGCCUAGAGCUGAGGAGAUUUUGCAAAGACAUGAGUCAAAUUGCGUUGGAGAAGAAAUCCAAUUUUGAGCUUCUGGAGAAAGAAGUUGGUCUGGACCUUUUUUUCCCCAAGCAACUACAAGAAAGUUUAAAGCCCAAACAGUUUAGAAAAAUGAUCCAGCAGACAUUUCAGCAGUAUGCCUCACUGAAGGAAGAGCAGUGCAUUGUGAAAUUCUUUGAUACUUUUGCCAACUUCUCAAACUUUGAUGAAGAGGUUUUCCCCUGUGAGCUUGCGCAAGAGUGGAGCAUUGCAGUGGACCUCGUCAUUGGGCCCAAAGGAAUCCGUCAACGAGUCAACAAGGAGGCCAUGCCCACAUAUUUAGCAGAGUUUAAACAAAUUAGGAGCAUAUCCUGCACCUUACUAGAAGAUGGGAGAGGCCUUGUGCAUAUGGAUAUAGCAGGAGCCAAGCAGCCUUUGUCCAUUAAGACACCUUCUUUGGCAGUUGCGGAGAACAUGGCUGACCUGGUUGAUGGUUAUUGCCGCUUACAAAGUGGAAAGAAAAUCUCCCUCAUUUUCAGGAAGAAAAAAGAAAAAGACAUGUGGAAUUCUCUUCCAGAAAUCCCAACAGGGGAUAAAGAGACAAGAAAAUCUAGGAAUUUUCAACGAGAUAAUAGUGAGUCUGAUAUUUAUGCAGAAAUACCAGAAGAAAGACCAAAAUCAGUUAUAAAAUAUGGAAUCUCCAGAAAUGACAUCAUUCUCGGAAGGAUUCUAGGAGAAGGAUUCUUUGGGGAAGUGCAUGAAGGAGUUUACAAAAACCCGAAAGGGGAGAGAAUAACCGUAGCUGUGAAAACGUGUAAGGACUGCAAUCCGGAGGUUAAGGAGAAGUUCAUGAGUGAGGCAGUGAUCAUGAAAAAUUUAGACCACCCACAUAUUGUGAAACUGAUUGGUAUUAUUGAAGAGGAUCCAGUUUGGAUUGUCAUGGAGCUGUACAAGUAUGGAGAGCUGGGAAACUACCUUGCUGAAAACAAGAACAAGAUCCAGCCUGUCACCCUGAUCCUGUACUCGCUGCAGAUUUGUAAAGCGCUUGCUUAUCUAGAAGGCGUAAACCUGGUGCACAGGGAUAUCGCAGUAAGAAACAUCCUAGUGGCUUCUCCUGAUUGUGUGAAGUUGGGUGAUUUUGGCUUGUCCAGGUACAUUGAAGAUGAAGAGUACUAUAAAGCUUCGGUAACUCGACUUCCUAUCAAGUGGAUGGCUCCAGAAUCAAUCAACUUCCGCCGUUUCACCUCAUCGAGUGACGUCUGGAUGUUUGCUGUCUGCAUGUGGGAGAUUAUGAGCCUUGGAAAGCAGCCGUUUUUCUGGCUGGAAAACAAGGAUGUGAUAAGCCAGUUAGAACAGGGAAUCCGCCUGCCCAAGCCUGAGAACUGCCCUCCUACGCUGUACACGUUGAUGACCCGCUGCUGGACCUAUGACCCCUCCGAUAGACCCAAAUUCACAGAGUUGGUGUGCAAGCUCAGUGAUAUCCAUCAGAUGGAGAAGGAACAACAAGAAGAACAAAAGAAGAUUCGUAAUGCCAGGGGCACAAAGUAUUUUGAACCUGUUAUCACUAUUAGUGAGGCGCCGCCAAAGCCUUCUCGAUCAAAGUCAAAGAUAUUUGGACAGUUUUUAAAUCCAGGCCUUCAGAUUCAGCUGCCAGAGUCUCUUUGUGCCAGCUCUCCUGCCCUUGCUAGCCCAUCUGACUACCAGUCGCCAGCCGACUCCACUCACGGCUUGCCCCUGCUGCGCCAGGACUUCUUCAAGCGUCGAAGCAUGAGGGAGGCAGAGUUUGUCAUUGAACCAACCAGCAAAGAAGAUGCCCAGAGAAUGUGGGAGAUGGAGAAAGCGAGACUACAAGAGACCCUGAAACGACAGAAGGAAGAGAUGAUGGCUGACAAUAAAUGGCUACAGAAGGAAGAGAAGUUUCUGGACCCUUUAAAACAGGACCCUUGUGCACCUCAAGAGGUCGUUGACAAGGAGCAGGGAUACGCUGAAUUUACAGGCCCUCCUGUGAAACCGCCAAGAGUGACUGCUCAGCCCGCUCCCACAGCCGAGCUGGAUCGCACCAACGACAAAGUAUACUUCUCUGUCAUGGAACUGGUGAAGGUGGUGGUCCAGCUGAAGAAUGAGGUUAAUGACCUCCCGCCCACACAAUAUGUUGAGAUCAUCAAGAAUGUGGGACAGACCCUCAGGAACUUGAUUAACAGCGUCGAUGACGUGUUGCCUACGCUCCAUUCAUCAGUGCGCACAGAGAUUGAAGGCACACAGAAAUUGCUGAAUAAGGACAUGGCCGAACUCAUCAACAAAAUGAAAAUGGCCCAGCAAAACCAAGUCACUUCACUAAAAGAAGAAUGCAAGAAGCAGAUGUUGGCCGCUGCUCACACUCUGGCGAUGGACUCCAAGAAUCUGCUUGAUGCGGUAGACCAGUCACGGGUUCGAGCCAACCUAGCCAAACCAGUCUCUUAGCCAUAAUAAGCGGGAUUCGUGGACAAUGUUGAGUCAGAAAUUUUAUAGAGCAACAGAUUUCAUCUUCAAAAUCUCUGAGGUUCCCAUUGCAGUCUGUUGUAACGCAGUCUCAAGCAGGGCUGACGGAAGGCGUCUUACUUCAAACAGGCUGCAGUGGGUGCUGAGGUAAGCCAGUGGUAGCGGCACCAGGGAUUUCUUUCCAUUUAGAUAAACCUUGUAGAGCAAUGCGCUUGGAUUCACAGCAUCCAGGGAAAAACGACAAAUAACUGACAUGCACCCUUCUAUUGAUUAUCCACACUAUCAUUUGCCCUUGGACUCAAGCGGACUGGUGCUGUGUUGCCAGGUAUACUUUAGACCACCAUAAAUAUCUUUUCAAUU